GUAUGCGUAGGAGAGAGUAUGUUUCCCAUUAGUCUCAUCAUCUACACUUAUACUCCUACUUCACUAUGGAUACCUGAAAAUCAUACAAUUCCUUUAACUUAACAAUCUUUGCUUAUAUCACCGAAAAUGGACACCACCCGUUUGACUUUAAUGAAAGCAAUUUUAUGCUAGCAUCAUUUCAAAAGCAAAGUGAUGCACUGAAUGAUCACGUAAACUGCAUCAAGUUCACAUCUCAGAUCGGAGCCAGCCAUGGGGAAAGGCUAUUACAUCAGCAAACAUGUGGCCUCUGCAGCAAUGGCACUGGCCGCAAUAGCCUUGGUGACCAUCAUUGCGUUAUCCAUUGUUUACAAUCGAGAAAAGGCCAAAAAUGCAGCAACAUUUUAUGAUAUAACCACAUCAUCAGUACCACCCACUCCAAAGACUUCAAAUGAACCCUGGGAUAAAUACAGGCUGCCUGAUACUUUGUCUCCUCAGUACUACAAUGUGACUCUUUGGCCCCGUCUGGUGAUGGACGCCAGCGGAAUGUACAUUUUCACAGGGAACUCUGGAGUGAUGUUUACUUGCAUGACGAAGACAGACUUGAUAUUAAUUCACUCCAACAAGCUAAACUUGACUCUCUUCAAGGGUAACCAUGCUAAGCUACUGGGUUUGGGUGGUGUAACAGCUCCAGCCAUAAAAAAAUCCUGGUUUCAGACAACAACGCAUUAUUUGGUGAUUCAGCUGGAGGAAAAACUGAAACCUGGAAAGCAAUACUGGCUCUAUACAGAAUUCAGAGGAGAGCUUGCUGAUGACCUGGAGGGUUUCUACAGGAGUGAAUACAUGGAAGAUGACACAAAAAAAAUUAUUGCCAUCACUCAGAUGCAGGCCACCUAUGCUAGAAAAGCUUUCCCCUGUUUCGACGAACCUGGCAUGAAGGCUGUGUUUCAUAUUACUCUCAUUCAUGAUAUAGGAACGGUUGCCCUGUCAAACAGUCAAGAAAUUAAGACAGAAAAUGUCACCAUCGAUGGAACUACCGUUACCAGAACUAUUUUUGAGCCCACAAAGAGGAUGUCAACUUAUCUUGUUGCAUUUUUUGUCAGUGAUUUUACAUACAUCCAUGAUGCAGACAACAAGGGUGUUUUGGUUAGAAUAUGGGCACGGAAAAAAGCCAUCUCAGAGGGACAAGGAAACUAUGCACUCACCAUCACCCAGUCAAUAUUGGAGUUCUUCGAGAAGUACUACAACACAAGCUAUCCACUUUCUAAGUCAGAUCAGAUUGCUCUGCCUGACUUCAAAUCUGGUGCCAUGGAAAACUGGGGUCUUGUCACUUACAGAGAGACGGCCCUUCUAUAUGACCCCAAGACAUCUGCCAAUGGCAAUAAACAGAGGAUUGUGACUGUGGUUUCUCACGAGCUGGCUCACAUGUGGUUUGGAAACCUUGUGACGCUGAAAUGGUGGAAUGAUCUCUGGCUGAACGAAGGGUUUGCUUCAUAUGUGGAGUAUCUGGGCGCUAAUCAUGCAGAGCCCACCUGGAACAUUAAAGACCAGAUCAUUCUGUAUGAUCUGCAAAGAGCAUUUUCAGUGGACAGUCUGGCCUCCUCUCAUCCCCUCUCUCGGAAGGAAGAAGAGGUCAACACCCCCUCAGAAAUUAGCGAAAUGUUCAACACCAUAUCCUACAGCAAGGGAGCUGCAGUGCUUAGAAUGCUCUCAGAAUUCCUGACAGAGACUGUGUUUGCCAAGGGACUGAGUAGUUAUCUGAAGCAGUUUGCUUUUGGAAGCUCUGUGCAUUCAGAUCUUUGGGAUCAUCUUCAAAAGGCCGUUGAUCAAACUCCAGAGGUGAAACUACCAUUUAGUGUUCAUGACAUCAUGAACCGCUGGAUUCUACAGAUGGGUUUCCCUGUAGUCACCAUUGACACUCAAACAGGGAACGUCAGCCAAAAACACUUUCUGUUCGAGCCAGAAGCAGUAGUGGACAGGAAAUCUGAAUUCAAUUAUGAAUGGUUUGUGCCAAUCACAUGGAUGAAAAAAGAUCGAGUACUAGAUCAACUGUGGCUUCAACAGAAAUCAGCCAUACACAAACCUAUGAAAGUCAGCAAAAAUGAAUGGGUGCUUGCCAACCUCCAAGUGUCUGGAUACUUCAGAGUGAAUUAUGACCUUGGGAACUGGGAGCGUCUUCUCAUGCAGCUAGAAUCAAACCACCAGAUGAUACCAGUGCUUAACAGAGCUCAGAUUUUGGAUGAUGCAUUUAAUUUAGCAAGAGCAUCCAUCAUAAACAUAACACUCGCCCUGAGAACAACUAAAUAUCUUUUGCAUGAGCGGGAAUACAUUCCAUGGGAGGCGGCCUUGAGAAACCUCAACUAUUUUUUCCAACUGUUUGAUCGCAGUGAAGUUUAUGGUGCCAUGCAUGCUUAUCUCAAGAAACAAGUCAAACCUCUCUUUGAGAAUUUCAGAGCUAUCACCUCAAACUGGACAACGGUGCCCUCUGGCCACACUGAUCAGUUCACACAAAUCAUUGCACUGUCACUAGCUUGCAGAACUGGUGUGGAGGGAUGCAGAGAUCUAACUAAGAGCUGGUUCAGAAGAUGGAUGCAGAAUCCUGAUAGCAACACGAUCCAUCCCAACCUGAGGUCUACAGUGUACUGUAAUGCCAUUGCUGCAGGCAGCGCAGAGGAGUGGAACUUUGGCUGGCAGAUGUUCCAGAAGGCCACAAUUGCAGCUGAAGCUGUGAAACUCAGAUCAGCUCUGGCCUGCACCGAAUUGCCCUGGUUACUCAACAGGUACCUGGAAUAUACAAUUAACCCAGAAAAGAUACGAAAGCAAGAUGCCACUUCUACCAUAGGGUACAUUGCCAGUAACGUUGUUGGCCAGCCUUUAGCAUGGGACUUUGUUCGGGCUAAUUGGGACUAUAUUUUCAAAGUGUAUGGCACUGGAUCAUUCACUUUCUCAAGACUAAUUAGUGACAUCACCAACAGAUUCAGCACACCGUUUGAGCUAAAUCAGCUGAAACGGUUCCAAAUAGAUUACGCUGAGACCGGAUUUGGCUCGGGAACUCAAGCCCUGCAACAGGCCAUCGAGAAGACAACAGCCAAGAUUAAGUGGCUGGCAGAAAACAAGGAACCAGUGCUGCAGUGGUUCAUCUCAGAAUCCACGUAACUUCAUGUCCAUGCGGAUCAGAGGGAUCAGAAUCAGUUUGGUGUCACUUCUGUCAUUUUGGCUGGAUGAAGUUAAAGGAAUAGUUCACCCAAAAAUGAAAAUUCUCUCAUCAUUUACUCACCCUCAUGCCAUCCCAGAUGACUUUCUUUUUUCUGAUGAACAAAAUUUUAAGAAGUACUGUAUAUCUAAGCUCUCUGGUCUGGCCAACAUUCACUUGCAUUGUAAAGAUUCUUCAGAAAAAUUCUUCAGAAUACCUUUAUUUGUGUUCUGCAGAAGACAGAAAGGCAUACACAUCUGGGAUGGCUUGAGGGUGAGUAAAUAAGUAUGGGAAUUUUCAUUUUGGGUUGAACUAUCCCUUUAAAUUCAAAUUAAAGUUCACCCAAAAAUGAAAAUGUUAUUUUCAUUUACUCACCCUCAUGUCCUUCCCAACCAGUAUUGUUUUCUGUAUUUCUUUCUUUUUCCAUGAAACUCAAAAGGAGAUAUUACUCUAUGUAAGCAUACAGUGAUCAGGAGCUGUUAAGAUAAAUAAAAAGACAAAGAAGCACCAUAAAAGUAGUUCAUACGACAAGUGUGGUACAUUAUAAUUCUUCUGGAGCUCUAGACUGGUUACCCACAGAAGGGUUGAGCCUGGACAGUACCUGAAUGGGAGUCCUCCUGGGAAAAACUAUGGUUGCUGCUGGUAGAUGUGUUAGUGAGGCCAGCAAGGGGUGCUCACUCUGCGGUCUGUGUGGGUCCUAACACCCCAGUACAGUGACAUGGAAACUAUACUGUAAAAAACACUGUCAUUCAUAUGAGGUCCUAACUCUCUGUGGUCACUUGAAAUCCCAGGGCACUUCUCGCAAAGAGUAGGGGUAUAACCACAGUGUCCUGGCCAAAUUUAAGUCGUUAUUCAAUGAAAAUCUUCACCACUGUAGUUUUCAAUAAUGCCAAACACUAUUGGUUCUCACGUGUCUCUUAAUGCACCAAAAUUGAAUGUUUGGAUGCAUUAAGAAAAUUAAUAAAUGAUAACAGAAUUUUCCAGUAUUGCUAUAAACUGAGAUCUGCUUUUCUUUGAGUGUAUUGUAGUAUCUGAUCCUUUAACUCGUUAGAAAAUUCAUCCUGUAAUGUGGCUGUAUAAAAAAUAAAUAAAUUCUUGCUUAAUUCAUUUAGCAGAUACUUUUAUCUAAAGGCUAGUUAAAGCACAUAUAUCACAAGAACUGUCCUUUUGGACCAACCUGCUGUUGGGUAUCCAUUGCUCCAGCUACAUCCUGAUAGUUCAUGGGUUGCCCUUUUAUGGUUUGAACUUUUUUUGACUUAUCCACAUUACCCUAAUGCAGAUAAGGGCUAAAGUCUAUGAAAGACUACAAAGUCUACAAAGACUAUGCAAAAUACACUGACAAUGGAUCUCUUUAGUAUUUUAAGAGCAGUGAGCCUGUUUCAUAAUUGUAUGCAUUUGUGUAUAAUUAUCUUUAUUAUUUUACCUUGCUAUUGUUGUUGUGGUGAUAUCAUAUGCUUAUAUGCCACUGUUACAUAGUAGCCUGCAAGACAAGUAGGCCUUGUAGAAAUACAAUUUUCUAUGAUUUUAUUUUUUUUGUACAUGUGCUUUUACAUUUGUCAUUUUGUUGUUCCUGUUGAAUAAAUGUACAAGUUUUG